UAUGAUCCAUGGGCUCGAGGAUGCGGGGUUUUGUUAUCUGUGAUACGGGGCACUUCGCGGUUAUGUAAUUUGUAUUGCGGUGUGUUUGUUAGUCGUUAUGGGUUCAGAAUAUUUACGACAGCGGGUAUAAUUAUGAAUGCCCGAAGAUGAUUGUCAUUUUGAACCUGUGAUACAUAGUUUAUAUAAUGUAUAUAGUUUUAACUUCAAUAUGCAGACGACAGUGCAGGUUAUCACGCUUCAACCAAUCCGUAUAUGCAGCUGUUUUAAAUUAUUCCAAUAAAGUUUCACCUCCACCUGCUACUGAACCUACAGCUGUAAUCGCAAAGCCGCAAGAUAGUGCUGUACUUAAACCUAAAACAGUGAUAAUAACAACAACAAAACUUCAACCUGAAAUCACAGUGACAAGUGAUAAAUUAGCACCGCCAUCUUUAACGAAACAUAGACUAGUAUCAGAGGACAAACAAUGGCACGAACUGAGAACAGACUACACAAAGCUCACACAGCAUUACCUUAUGCUGUCAAAAAUAAGGCUCACAUCCCUGGUAGUAAUGACAGCCAUGGCAGGCUAUGCGUUGGCUCCAGAACCAUUCAGUCUCACAACAUUUAUUCUUUGCUCGGUGGGAACUGGCCUAGUGUCAUGUGCUGCAAAUUCUGUCAACCAGUUCUUCGAGGUUCCUUUCGACUCUCAGAUGGCUCGAACCAAGAACAGAGUCCUUGUUCGAGGUUUGCUUACCCCACUUCAUGCAUUGACAUUUGCUGCAACAUGUAGUGUGAUGGGCCUGUCCACUUUAUACUGGGGUGUUAAUGGACUUGCUGCUGCACUUGGAGCUGCCAACCUUAUUCUUUACACCCUGGUGUAUACACCUAUGAAGCGGAUCAGUAUUAUCAACACGUGGAUUGGCUCUGUUGUAGGAGCAAUUCCUCCAUUGAUGGGAUGGGCAGGCUGUGCUGGCACACUGGACCUUGGAGCAUGGAUAUUGCCUGGUGUUUUGUAUGCCUGGCAGUUCCCACACUUCAAUGCUCUCUCCUGGAAUUUACGUUCUGAUUAUUCCCGGGCGGGAUAUCGGAUGAUGUCUGUUACAAAUCCAGGUCUUUGUCGGCAAACAGCACUUCGUUAUACUGGGGCAUUAUUGGUGGUGUCAUGCCUAGCACCUGUUUUAGAAGUGACCACAUGGCUCUUUGUAGCAGGAUCAGUUCCACUCAAUGUUUACUUUGUGUACUUAGCUUGGCAGUUCUUUCAGCAGCCAGACAGUCGUAGCUCACGUAGGCUGUUCCGCUUCUCACUGAUCCAUCUGCCACUGCUCAUGGUUAUGUUGCUGCUCACUAAGAAACAUAAAACAGAAGAGGUGAAGACCAGGUUGGAAAUGUACCCACAGUGAUGGGUUUGGUUGCAGGUCAGUCCAAACCACUAUUUAUGAGGUGAAGAAACUAGUCUUAUCUGCAGUGAAUAAUUGAAAUGAUGUACACAGUUCAUUACCUGCCUCUGGAGUUCUUUGUACAUUUCCAUAGUUUUAUCAACUUGUAAUUAUUUAGGUGUUUUCAAAAUACAGAUUCCUAGUAAUUUGAA